AUGUUUUCUUUUCAGGACGCUUUUCAUUUGGCGCAUGUGACACAUUCAAAGCCUACUGGUGUAUCGGCAGGAUAUCUACCAAAAUGGUUGCUGUUGAUUUCGGUUAUUUCUGUCUUCAAUUCGAUUCAGACGUAUGUUAGUCAAGACCUGACACGUAAAGUUUAUGAAGGGAAGCCUAGUGAAACAACGGCGUUGAGUGCUAGGAUGUUUGGUACUUGGACUUUUGUUUCAGCUGUUAUUAGGCUGUAUGGUGUUUUCUUUUUACAUGAGGAGCACAUAUUUCAGUUAACGUUCAUUUCGUAUGCUAUUGCGCUCUUUCACUUUUUAACUGAAUGGUUGAUUUUCGGGACGUGCAGGUUGGGGAAAGGUUCAUUGGGCCCAUUUGUUGUUGCCACUACGUCUUUAGUUUGGAUGUACCUCACUAAGGAGUAUUAUACAGGUGUUGGAUGGCAUUUUUAG